AAUUUAUCGGGACCCGCACCAACAGGAGGGGGAUCGAACAACCAGCGUCCCGCAGACACAAUGGCUGUGACAGUGGCUUUGCGUGGAUGCUGCUCUCCUCCUGCUGCAUGUGGCCUUUGAACCCAUUGUUGUGUCGCGGGUGACGUCAGUGCCGUGUGCGGGAGACGGAGCGGCGUGCGCCUGGCGAGACAAAGGCGGCGGAGCGACCGGGGUCAGGCAGCAGCAGCAGCAGCAGCAACAGCAACAGCGGCAGCGGCGGCGGCAGAAGCAGCAGCAGCAGCGCGGAGCCGAGAAUCACUGCUUUAUUUUUUAACUAAAAGGUAACUGCUACCCUCCAGCCGCUGUGUCCCUGACGGUGAACCGCAUGCGGAGCCAGUGACUGUGCUCGGAGGAAAGGCUUCUCUCUCCAGACAGAAAACAACACAACGGUGCCCUCUUUGCGUUUUUAAACGAUUUUCUCCUACGCCCCCCAUUUAGCUAGUUAGCUAGCCCGCUAGCUCCCUAGCGCCGCUGAGCUCCGGUCUCCUCCUCCUGGCUGCUUCUCAUCUUUCCCCCCACCGAGAGCUGGACUGCAGCCGAAGACAGGAGUCCGUCGACAAAGGCAAGAGAAAGUGGAAAGAGAUCACUCCCAACAAACAGGCAUCCGUGAUCUGAUGUGAGAUCCACGGAGACACUAUGCCUAGCCCUUUAUUCCACCCCGAGAUUAUGGACCACGACGUGGUGAUCAGCAGCCAGCACAAUGGGGUCGGUCUGCCCCGAGAGACGGACCAUGAGUCCCGGGAUGAGGAUCACCAAGAGGCGCUCCGCUUCGCCCUGGACCAGCUGUCACUCAUGGCCCUGGAGAAAGUGGACUGUGGGGGCGGACUGGCCGACUCUCUGGACGGGACCUCGGGUCCCGCUUCGGAGGGCUGCAACGGCGUCGGUGGAGGGGGCUACAUGGACCUACAGAUGCUGGAGCAUCCCGGUGGGUCGCGGGACUCGCCCUCAUCCUGCUCCCCAUCCCCGGAGUACUACGGCUCGGGCGGGUACCACAUGACCGGCUCGCACCCCAUGCUCCACGGGGAACAAAGCUCCGUCCUCUGCAGCAGGAAAAGAAGUGUCAACAUGACUGAAUGUGUGCCUGUGCCCAGCUCCGAGCAUGUGGCUGAAAUAGUAGGAAGACAAGGUUGUAAGAUCAAGGCCUUGCGUGCCAAAACAAACACCUACAUAAAGACUCCAGUGAGGGGCGAGGAACCCGUCUUCAUCGUGACAGGACGCAGAGAGGAUGUGGAGAUGGCCAAACGUGAAAUUGUCUCUGCGGCCGAGCAUUUCUCUAUGAUCCGGGCGUCCCGCUGCAAAGCUGGCGCACCCGGAGGGGGAGGCUCUCUUCCUGGACCACCACACCUUCCUGGACAGACCACCAUACAGGUGAGGGUGCCCUACAGAGUUGUUGGUUUAGUUGUUGGACCAAAGGGAGCAACUAUCAAGCGCAUCCAGCAGCAGACUCACACCUACAUCGUGACGCCCAGUCGAGAGAAGGACCCCGUGUUCGAGGUGACCGGGAUGCCGGAAAACGUGGACCGAGCGAGAGAGGAGAUCGAGACCCACAUCACCCUGCGAACUGGAACCUUUGUCGACCUGCAGGGAGACAAUGACUUCCACUCCAAUGGCACCGAUGUCAGCCUGGAAGGCCUGGGCUCUCUGAACGGCGGGCUGCCAGCGUCUCUGUGGUCCAGGGCUAACAACCACCAUUCUGGCCCUCCUCCCCCUACAUCCUCCCCUCCUGCCACUGCUCCCAUGUCCAUGCACCACUCCUCCAGCCGGAAGGUGUCCUCCUCAUCCACCUACCAAGCGCACAAUGGCGGUAUGAACUCGGCGGAAAGCUUCAGCACCGCCCGGAAAGCCAACGAGGGAGGCAGUCCCACUAGCCCUUUUAGCACAGGCUCCAGCAGCACUGGAGGAGGGUUCACGUUCGGGGGUGACUCCACCCCGGGGCUGCCCUCCUCAGAUGAACUGGGCUUUGAGUUCAGUGCUGCCAAUAUCUGGGCUCCUUUUGCAAAUGGUGGAACAGGCAAUAAGACAGCCGGCUCCUCCCAGCAGCAGCAGCCUCUACGUCGCAACAGCAGCGGGCUCAGUGGCGGCGCCAUCACUCCACGAUUGUCUCCAACUCUGCCUCAGGACGCAGGUGUGGGCCCUAUGGAUCACCCUCUGGCCCGUCGUGCACAAAGUGAUCCCCUCAGCACUCUCUCCUGGCUCCAGUCAGGCAGCGCAGGAGGCGGCUCCUUCUCUGGAGCAUCCAGCUCCAGCUCCGGGGGCUCGUCAACAGGUUACUCCUCCUGCUCGGCCUCCUCCCUGCCCGGCGGCUCCCCAACUGACUCCGAGGGAGGCAGCAGUGGCGUGGGCCUCAGCUCUGGGAUCCUGAGUCGACUGAAAGGCGGCUCUGGGGUGGCGGGCCUGGUCGGCGUCGGCCCCGGGGUCAACAGGGACUGCUUCGUGUGUUUUGAGAGCGAGGUGACGGCAGCCCUGGUGCCUUGCGGCCACAACCUGUUCUGCAUGGAGUGUGCCGGGCAAAUCUGCCAGUCAACUGAGCCGGAGUGCCCUGUCUGCCACACCCCCACCACACAGUGCAUCCGCAUCUUCUCCUAAGAGAUCGGGGAUGGGGGGUGUAAUAAGAGGGGUGGGGGGCAGGAAGAGGACUGGGGUGGGGCACCAGCUGUGGCGGUGGCGAUGGAAGGAUUCACACUAAAACCCUUCACACACAUGACGGACCAUAAUAAAUACAUUAAUAGAGAUGAUGAUACUAUACGGAUGUUGAUUUAUUACUGAUAUCUGUCAAGAUGAAUAAUAACAAUAAUAAUAAUGACUUAUUUUAAGAGUGAAGUUACUAGAAACUGGUCUGCAGACAUUGGGGCUCAGACAGUCUCUCGGCGGUGAACUUUAUGGAAGGAAACUAGUGUCUUAUCUCUCUUCAGGCCUUCAUUUUGAGCCGGAGCAGCGUGCACCACUGGCCGCCGGUCCGUCUCCACAUUUCUUCAUCCUGGCUUCUUCAGAUCUCUGCCUGCUUUCUCUCUCACAGCCUUUCCUUUUUGACACUUUUGUACUUAACAGAUAUUUUUCGAUGAAGCUGUCACUGAGGCCUGCACUUUUCUACUCCUUAUUUUAAUGUUCUUGACAAGACGCAAACGGUUGCAACCAACCUCCCCCCACACCACCACCACUCGAAUUUCUCCUCCGCUCUCAUUCAUGCUGUUUGUGACACGAAGCGGCGGGGUGGCUGUUAUCCUCUUAAGCUUGGAACUUUGACAAAGGUCGGCAUGUAGUCAGGCACCUAGUGGAACAAUGUGCCCGAGGGACCUCUUAAGGAUGAAUUCCUUGUUUCUCGUUGCCACAGAAGAAAAAUUAGCCAUCAGUGAUGCCAAAUGAAUGCUAUAAAUAGACGUCUUGUUAUUCUAGAUCAAACUCAAUAACGUGUUGGAUGAAUUUGGAUGAGUCUGCCCCACAUUUCAAAUGUGGCCGCUGCAUCGAUUCAUAUUCAUUUUAUCCUCUUGAAUAAGUCAGAAACGUACCAUUAGUGAUAAUGAAGGCAUGUGUCUGAGGUCUGUACGUAUGGGCUGCCUGACAAUCACUUCACAUCUCUCUCUCGCACGUACAAGUGUGAGAGUAAUGCCCGCUCAUGCUGUUCUUCACCUCUGCAUUGUUACCCCCCCCCCAGCUUCACGCUCACUCCUAUAGGAAGCCGACGCUCUGAUCCAUCCACACCGGGACACUUUCCUCUCACAUCCUGUCUGUUACACUCAGAUCGACUCAUUUCGUGUUUUCUACUUGUGUUUGACUCUUGACUGUCGAGUGUGUGGCUUACAGACAUGUUUUGAACUCUAGGAUCAGAUAGGGCUUUUCUGAUGUCACACGUGAAUGUUUUUGUCCAGGUUAAGGAGAGACGUUCGCUCCUCCCACAUGAAACAAUAACAAGGGGCUCGAUUUGAAGCAUUUUUUUUUUUCAUGCACUGUAAUCCUCAGCCCCUCAAAAAAAGCAAAAUGUAAAAAAAAAAAACUAAAAAAAAAAAACUAGCCAAAAAGAAACAGCUCUUACUGUUUUUGUUAAGUUUUGGUCUUCCACCCCACUCUCACAGCAAAGCUGUAUGGCACUCUCUCAGAUGACACACUGUCAUGCCCAUAUAGCGCUGUACUCCUGGCCAAAUGUAGUGCACUAUAUGGUUAGCUGUUUGCGAUUUGUCCUGUGUUUCAUAGCAUUACUGGGUAACUCCUGAGGCGGUCGUGUCCUGUUUUUGUCUUUGUGUUUUUAAAGAGUUUGCAGUAACUGCCUCCUAUAGUGUUAAUACUGUACGGACAAUUUGGGGCGACGUCGCCGCCACGGUACGUUUUUGUGGCCCUUCCGAACAUUUCAUGGAAUCAGCUCAUACAAUGAGACAAGCCAUGACGAUUUAAUUCAAACGACACACACCUAAUUCUUAAGGGCUUCCUCUGACACAAACACACACACGCAAUCACAUGUUUCACACAGUAGGAAAAGAAUCAACGUAUCUUUUAUGGCAGCUAGUAGCUAGGUCAUCCAGGGCUUCCAGACACUCUGUGUUCAAAUCCCAGCAGCUGCAGAAUGUUUUGCUUCUUAUUCCGCUGUUUUUUCUUUGAUUGUCCCUUCACAGUCAUCACAUUCAGAUCCUGUUGAGUACAGGGCAACGCAGUCACAGUGCGUCCUGCUCCCCAGACGUGCUCGCAGAUCAGGGCGGGGUUUUUAAUAUCAAGGGAAAAAGGGUAAUCUAUACUUGAGUAAUAAUUGGUGAAAACGGGCAGUAACUGCUGUGCUCUGGUGCUCCAGCCAGCGCGACCUUCAACUUAUUUGCUGUCUUGACUGUCUGUGUGCUGCUUUGGUGACGGGGGCAGUGGGAAUCUAAUAAGCAGCUGUCCUGGUCGAGCGCAGCAGACGAUUCAUUUAGAUUCCACACAUGUAGGAACAAAUCGGCCCAGGAGCUGAACUGGUCGUCUGCCUGAAGGUUAUCCCAUGGUGCUUUGGUGCAACUCCCUACUGAAAGCCGCUGACAAACCAAUGAACCGCAGUUGAUAGCGGGAGAGUUUAAGUUCUCUGAAGAAUCUCCCGCAGCGUCCCACCAUAGACCCGACAACCCCUGUUUCUCAUUCUCGUCGAAACCGGUAACCCAUCCCCUCGCCGGGCUCUGAUCUCGAGUGUCGAGCCCCGUACCCGUGCACGCUCAGAUCAGACCCAGGGCUGCGAAUGUGUCUGAGUGACCAGAUCAGCUUUGACCGCUGCGUGCGUCUGUUGAGGCCGAUCUCAAAGCCCAUCUCCAAACUGUCCAAGUCGCCGUGUUAAAGAAAUAAAAAUGUGUUGUGUUUUUUUGCCAGAUAGGUUUAUUGAGAUUCCUGGUGCUGCACUGGGACGUUUCUGGCCAAUGAGAGAAUGUUAGGGUUUUAAUGUACAGUAGAUUAAUUGUUUAAAAGAAAAAGGUACCAUUUUUUUUUUUCAGAUUGACUGCUGAUUUUACUUUUUUAGCCAAACGUUCCCCCUCCCCCAUUUCCUUCCUAAAGGUUUGAAAACAGGGUUUCCUGAGGCAUGCUAGCCAGUGACCUCUGACCUUUUUUGUGAUUAGAGGGGGGAUGCAAAGAGAGCUAUGCCAGUAAGGGGUGACACACUCCCCUCAAGCCUCCGCUCUCCUAUUUUUGCUUUAAGUCUCUUUGUAUGCAGAACCAAAAUGUAAAACGUCGGCUAACUAGGUUUCAGUCCUGACCUGUGCGUGUGUGCAUAUGUGUGUGUGUAAAUACCCUGAAUACAAUCAUUGGGAUCUCGUUUUCAAAGGCAAAAUGACUUAAUUGAAGAUAAGUGUAGUUUCUAAAGAACAUGUAUCAUUAUUUGUAAGUUAACCAUCUGCAUGUCUUCAAGCCACCUGGCAUUAGCUAAUAAUUUUUAAGAUUUAAAAGAAAAAAAAACUUUUUAUACAUUUUAUUUUUUACAAUUUAUUUGCUUACCUAAAUAUCCCAGACAAUAAUGUGACCCUUUUUAUUACUUCAAAUUUAUUUUUAUUUUCCAUUUUUUAUUUUCCUUAUUUCCUGUGUACUACAUAUAGGCAAUUUAUAACAAAAUGAGAAAACUAUUGAAGAAAUUUUAAAAUUGAAAUAUAUUUUAUUUGAAAGUUUAUGGACCUUUUAACCGUGACCCGGGAAAAUUGUAUAAUCAUAUAAUUUGAGCUGACUUGACGGUUAUGAGAAAUGUAUCAAGAGUUUUAUUUUUUAUGCUUCUUUAAUAAAGUCUUGUUUUUGGUUUCAUUUUUUACUGUAAAAUAAGAAA